AUGAAAUCCAUUCAGUUUGCAAACGUUGAGGAGCAGUAUCGAAAGUACGCCGGUGAGCUGCGUACUUCCGAUGUACAGAAGUUGCGUGAAUGGGUCAGCAGUCAACCGCAUUUACCACCGGUCACCGAGUUGGAAUUGAUUCUAUUUCUUCACUCAAACUACUACGAUCUGGAAGCGGCACAACGUACGAUCGAGUGCUACUAUACCUUCCGAACGAGCUGUAAGAACCUGUUCGGGAAUAGAAACCUCGAAGCAAAAGCGAUACAGAUGGCCAUGGAUGUACUAGAUCUUGCCAUCCUUCCUGAGUUGACACCCGAGGGUUAUCGAGUCAUGCUGGCGAAGAUCGUUGAUCCGGACGCAAGCAAAUUUUCUCUCAGCACCAUACUGACCCUUGCGAUAAUGUGCGUGGAUAUACAACUCUUUGAAGAAGGAUGCAACAAUGGUUCAAUUCUUAUCAUCGACAUGGACGGUAUUCAUCUGGGCCACCUGCCAAAGCUCGGCAUAUUUACGCUCAAGGAUCUGCUGUACUUCAUCCAGGAGGGACUCCCAAUACGGCUGAAGGGAUUACAUCUGGCCAACGUGGUACCGUUCAUCGAUCGCAUCAUGACCAUGAUCAGACCGUUCAUGAAGAAGGAGUUGCUUGAGAUAUUCCAUUUACACACCAGCAUGCAGACGCUUUUCCCCCAUAUUCCACAGCAUCUACUACCAUCCGAUUAUGGAGGUAUCGUACGACCUCGCAAAGUACUCAGAGAUAAUUUAUACAACCAUACCACCGAAUGUGGAGACUUUCUGAUCAAUUACGAUAUGAUAAAACGCGUGGACGAGAGCAAACGUAUCGCCAAACAGCGCACAAUGGCUAAUCUAUUUGGGUUGUUCUGA